AUGUCAAAUCUUGCUAAGAUUGAUUUCACUGCACUAGAUAUUUUUGGCAAGAACUAUCUAAUGUGGGUUCUCAAUGGGGAAAUUCAUCUGCAUGUGAAUAACAUGGGAAAUAUCAUCAAGCAAGGAAAUCAAGCAUCCAUGCAGGAUCGCGCAGAAGCAAUGAUUUUCCUUGUUGUCAUCUUUGUGGAGGAUUGA